AUGGCUUCAUCGUCAUCUAGAACAAGGAGCCGUUCUCCUUUCUCUCACCGACGACCUCCGAGUCCUUACUCCUCCGCUUCCUCCACUUGCUCCUCUCACAUCAACAACAACCGCCUCUUACCUCGCUCUUCUUCCUCCACAUCUGCUUCCACAAUCUACAAUCCCGCCGCCCUAACCGGAUCCCGAUCUAUGGCGACUACUCGCACCGUCUCCGAUCCCGGUAGUCUCAUCGGCGGCGGCUCCGGAAACUAUAAACCUCCAUCUCCCGUUCCUUACUCCUCGGACGCGUUGAUUAGCGAGCCUAUGUCGACGACUACUACCUCCGAUCGCCAUAGCAUCUCCGUCACCGUUCGGUUUCGUCCGAUGAGUGAGAGGGAGUAUCAAAGAGGAGAUGAGAUUGCUUGGUAUCCUGACGCUGACAAUAUGGUCAGGAAUGAGUAUAAUCCCCUCACAGCUUACGCAUUCGAUAAAGUUUUUGGACCACAAGCGACAACUAUAGAGGUCUACGACGUAGCUGCAAAGCCUGUUGUCAAAGCAGCUAUGGAAGGUGUUAAUGGUACCGUUUUCGCUUAUGGUGUUACAAGCAGUGGAAAGACGCAUACAAUGCAUGGGGAUCAAGACUUUCCUGGAAUCAUACCAUUAGCAAUAAAAGACGUGUUCAGUAUCAUCCAAGAAACUACCGGAAGAGAGUUCUUGCUCCGUGUUUCAUAUCUUGAAAUAUACAACGAGGUGAUAAAUGAUUUACUGGAUCCAACAGGGCAAAAUUUACGCAUUAGAGAGGAUUCCCAGGGCACUUACGUUGAGGGUAUCAAGGAAGAAGUUGUUUUAUCUCCAGGUCAUGCGCUAUCUUUCAUUGCAGCUGGGGAAGAACAUCGUCAUGUUGGCUCAAAUAAUUUCAAUUUGUUGAGCAGCAGAAGUCACACAAUAUUUACACUGAUGAUUGAAAGCAGUGCUCAUGGAGAUGAAUAUGAUGGAGUUAUUUUUUCUCAGCUAAAUUUGAUUGACUUAGCUGGGUCUGAGAGUUCCAAAACUGAGACAACUGGACUAAGGAGGAAAGAGGGUUCAUUCAUCAACAAGAGUCUUCUGACUCUUGGAACUGUAAUUGGAAAACUAACUGAAGGCAAAACAACUCAUGUCCCAUUUCGGGACUCUAAGCUAACUCGACUCCUGCAAUCUUCAUUGAGCGGGCAUGGACAUGUAUCGCUCAUAUGUACAGUUACUCCUGCGUCAAGCAGUACUGAGGAAACUCAUAAUACAUUGAAGUUUGCCAGCAGGGCAAAGAGGAUAGAAAUUAAUGCCUCACGCAAUAAGAUUAUAGAUGAGAAGUCAUUGAUUAAGAAAUAUCAGAAAGAAAUAUCGACCCUUAAAGUAGAACUUGAACAGUUAAGAAGGGGUGUGAUUGUCGGUGUUAGUCACGAGGAGUUAAUGAGCCUAAGGCAGCAGCUACAAGAAGGUCAAGUGAAGAUGCAAUCCAGAUUGGAGGAAGAAGAAGAAGCUAAAGCAGCUCUAAUGAGUAGAAUCCAAAAGCUUACAAAACUCAUACUCGUCUCUACCAAGAGUUCCAUUCCCGGAUAUAUUGCUGAUGCACCCAGUCACCAGCGCAGCAUUUCUGCUGGUAAAGAUGAUAAGUUGGACUCUCUGCUCUUGGAUGGUGACAAUCUGGCGUCUCCAUCAUCGACUCUGUCUCUUGUAUCAGAUGCUUCUUCAGGCCUUAAGCACCAGCGGUCUUCCAGCAAGUUGAAGGAUGAAAAUUCUCCAGUUGGUUUUGGUGCAGAAUUAUCUCAAGGUGGCAUGACUCCAGAUGAAAUGGACCUUCUUGCCGAACAGGUUAAGAUGCUUGCUGGUGAGAUAGCUUUCAGCAAAAGCACCCUAAAGCGUUUGGUGGAUCAGUCCGUAAAUGAUCCAGAAAACUCAAAACCCCAAAUCGAGAGUCUAGAAAGAGAAAUUCAAGAAAAACAAAGACAAAUGGGGUCUUUGGAACAGCGAAUAACUGAGAGUGGUGAAGCUUCAAUAGCUAAUGCAUCAUUGGUAGAGAUGCAACAGAAAGUUAUGAGAUUGAUGACACAGUGCAAUGAGAAGAACUUUGAGCUAGAGAUCAUAUCAGCAGAUAAUCGUAUUCUCCAAGAACAACUAGAGAAAAAGUGUACUGAGAAUAAUGAAUUACACGAGAAGGUGCGCCUUCUAGAGCAAAGGCAAUUGAGUCAGAAGCCCUCGCCGUCUUGUUCUGGUAAUACUGUCAAUGAAGAGUAUGUUGACGAGCUGAAAAAGAAAGUACAAUCUCAGGAGAUUGAGAAUGAAAAGUUGAAGUUAGAGCAUGUGCAGAGUGUGGAGGAGACGAGUGGAUUACAAGUGCAAAAUCAAAAACUAGCUGAAGAAGCUUCGUACGCUAAGGAACUGGCCUCUGCAGCUGCUAUUGAGCUGAAAAAUCUAGCCGAUGAAGUAACAAAGCUCUCGCUUCAAAACGCAAAGCUGGAAAAAGAAUUAGUAGCUGCAAGAGACUUAGCGGCAGCAGCAGCUCAGACGCGUAACAAUAACUUCGUGAACAGCGUGGCAAAUCGCAAUGGGCCUAGGCCAGGGAGAAAGGCAAGGAUAACAGACUCGUGGAAUCUCAACCAAGAAGAUCUGAAAGUGGAGUUGCAGGCGAGGAAACAGCGAGAAGCAGUUCUCGAGGCUACGUUAGCCGAGAAACAAUGCAUUGAAGAAGAGUAUAGGAAAAAGGCGGAAGAAGCAAAGAGAAGAGAAGAGGCUUUGGAAAACGAUCUAGCCAACAUGUGGAUACUUGUUGCAAAGUUGAAGAAAGCCAGUAGAGGAGUUAUGUCCGGGCCAAAAAGUAAUGAACCUGCAAUGGAAGAGGAACCUAGAGAAUUAGAAAACAAGAGUCAAAACAAUGCGAUCUUGAAAGAGAGACAAGUGUUGAAUGCACCUGAAGAAGUAAUAGUUGCCAAGAGUGAAGAUACAUCAAAGGAGGAACCCCUCGUUGCUCGUCUUAAGGCAAGAAUGCAAGAGAUGAAGGAGAAAGAGAUAAAAUCACAGGCGGCUGCCGCUGCCAACGCAGACGCAAAUUCACAUGUCUGUAAAGUUUGUUUCGAGUCGCCAACAGCCACGAUUCUCCUCCCUUGCCGCCAUUUCUGCCUUUGUAAAUGUUGUUCACUUGCCUGCUCCGAGUGCCCAAUCUGCCGCACCAAUAUCUCUGAUCGCCUGUUCGCUUUCCCCUCUUGA